UGGCCGCCAGUAUAAAUGUGACUUUCAUCCGGUCGACAUGGCCGUCGUCCGCGUCUGUAGUCGCUGUUCGCGAGUUGUCGUAGUUCGCCACGGAGGUAAAGUUUUGCGGUCACCGUUUUGCCGUUCACCGCCCUCUACAAAUGGUGGCGGAACGCAGUUGAUUCGUCAUCGAUCCACCCCGACUACGGUAUCACGCAGGACGAACUAUAAAAUAGAUCACGCAAACGGAACAACUAUAGUCAGUCGAAACGCGUCCCCGCGGAUAUCAGUUAUAAAAUGACAUAAACGUACGUGAUCAUCGGAAAAUUACAGCUUUAUUAUAGUACACUCAUUACUCGCCUACUAUUUAACUGGCGUCGUAACGAUGAUUAGACAGAUCUACCGCUUGUCCAUCGACGUGUGACCGAUGCGUUAUCGAUUAGGUUUAUAGAUGAUAUUAACAUUGAAAUUUAUCAAUAAUAGAAAAUGACUUCAAGAUUAGAUAGACUGUUCAUAUUAUUAGAAACGGGAAGUAGUUCAGUUACAAGAAAAGCAGCAGCAAAUCAACUGGGACAAGUGGUGAGGCUACAUCCUCAUGAACUUAAACCUUUAUUAGAACGUAUAUCUACAUAUUUACGACAUUCAUCAUGGGAAACUCGUAUAGCAGCUUCACAAGCCAUUGAAGCUGUAAUUAAACAAAUUCCUCAAUGGUGUCCCAGUGGUUUACCUCCUGUUAAAUUAGAACCUUAUAGCGAUUUACAAGUAGAUGAAAAAGAAAAUAAUGGAAAAUUAUGUUUUGAUACAUUUGAUUUAACUGCUAUAAUGAACUGUUCUGCUUUGAUGGCUUCCCCAGAUAUUGAACAAGAUAAUCCAGUAACAUCAGAAAAUGAUGCUGAAAAAAUUAUUAAAGAUCAACAAAAAAUUAUUAACAAAACUUUGGGACUUGAAAUUAUUGGUUCAGAAAUUAUUACUUCAGAUGAUAUAAUGAUUUCAUCAAUUCCUAGUCAACCCAACUUAAAAAGACAAUUGAGUGAUGUAGUAAAAACAGAUACUGAUUUAAAUAAAAGUUCGAGAGAAACUAAUUGUGAUAGACGAAAAGCUCGCCAAAAUGAGCUGAAUAACAAAAUAAUGAGAUCAGUAUCUUUAGAUGGUGGUUAUACUGAAGCUUCAAAUUCAUACAAAAAAAUUAAAUUAAUUGAUAAUAAUGAAGAGAUUGAAAAUGAUUGGCCCUUUAAAGAUUUUAUAAAUACUUUACUUAAAGACUUAUUCAAUACUAAAUGGGAAAUACGUCAUGGUGCUGCAACAGCUAUUCGUGAAAUUAUUAAACACCAUGGUCGAGGUGCUGGAAAAGCUUGUAAUUUACCUUCAGACCAAAUGGAAAACCAUCAUCAAGCAUGGUUAGAAGAUGUGGGACUAAGACUUUUAUGUGUUCUUGCAUUGGACCAUUUUGGAGAUUUUCUUGGUGAUCAAGUAGUAGCUCCUGUUAGAGAAACAUGUGCUCAAGCUUUAGGUUUUGUUGUUAAAUUAAUGUCUGAAGAAAAUGUUUUAAACAUAAUUCAUGUACUUAUACAACUUAUUCAACACUCUGAUUGGACAACCAGACAUGGUGGAUUAUUAGGACUGAAGUAUUUAUUAGUUGUUAGAAAAGAUAUCAUUGAAAAAAUAUUACAGUUAUCUUUUCCAUAUAUAUCUAAAGCUCUUAAGGAUACAGUAGAUGAUGUUAGUGCUGUAGCUGCAUCUGCUUUAUUGCCAAUAGUUGAUUCUAUGAUUAAAUGUGAUGAAAAAUGGGCAUCUGAUGUAAUAUCCAUUUUGUGGCAAAUGUUGGCUGUUCAAGAUGAUUUAACUGCAUCUUGUUAUAACUUCAUGACUUUAUUAGCUGCAUUGUUUAGCCUUCCGUCUGGUAAAUUAUUAACAAACGAACCAAUCAUUCAUGUUUUACCUCGGCUUUGGUCAUUUUUAACACAUAAUGCAACUCAAGUACGAUUAGCAACUAUGAAAUCCUUAAUGACAUUAACUUCAACUCCACAAUUAUCGUAUGCUGAUAAUAUUGAGGAUAUAAAAUUACUUCAAGAUGCUAUGAGGCAUAUUUUUCAGAGAGCAAUGUCUGAACCAGAUAUAGAAAUACAACAAAUUAUAAAAAAAGUUUGGACUAAUUUAAUAAUAAAUAGUAGCCUAACAGCUCUUUUAAAUGCUGCUUGUCCAUACAUAGGAUUGUGGUUGGCAAUGACCAUGCAAUCAGAAAAAAUACCUUUUGAUUCAUCUAGUAUUAUUCAACAUAUUCUAACUGGACCUAAUAAAGUAGAUAAUGUAUCUAGCUUUGCAAGCGAGACAAAUAUAGAUGUCAAAUACUAUAUCGGCGGAAGUGAGGCUAUCCCUGCUGAACAAAGAGAAAAAAAUGCCAUUAGAGCAAGACAUUUAGGUGCAGAAAUGUUAGGUUUAUUAUCUUGUUAUAUUAUAAAACCUGCACCAAAUAUUUGUUAUACAAAUGAAGAUGAAUCACCUGUAACAUGCUAUACAAAAUUAUUAAUCAGUAAUUUAGAAUCUAAUGUAGCUAUGCAACAAAAGAUUACUUCUAUGGUAAUAUCAGAAUGGUGUAAAUUACAAAAAUUAGAUAGUUUAGCUUCAAAAAUAUUAGCUGAAAAAGUAACAGAUUGUAUGAAUCGUAUGAUUUACUAUGAUGAAAUGUCAUUUUCUAUAACAAAGCUUAUACAAGACGCUCACGAUUUUCUUUCAUCAUUGAAACAUUAUAAAUUGACAACUCCACAACAUUUAAACCAGAUUGUAACUUUGGAACACAUUGAACUUCUUACUGGACCAGAAACUGGAAUAUUGAUUUCAUCACAAAAACUCAAACCAAAAAUAUUUGAUCAACUUGAAGAUAGGCGUCUUUCAUUGAAUCAGGCACAUAAGCUUAUACAUUCUGAACUCAUGUCUUUAACUACAUCGACUAAAGCUUCAUUAGCAGGUGCAUUAACAAUGCUUCAAUGUUUACCAGAAAAAAUACGACCUAUUGUUAAACCAUUAAUGGAAUCUAUUAAAAAAGAAUCAAAUGAAAUGUUACAACGCUGGUCAGCUGAUCAUUUAGCUAUUUUGAUGGAUUUAUGUAUUAAUCGUUCUUCAUGUCCUAACACAACUAUAAUAAACAACCUAUGUUCUUUUUUAUGUGUUGAUCCAGAAUUUACACCUAAAAUAGGUACUGAUGAUAGAGUAAAAUAUCAAUUAAUUCUCAUGCAUCAGAAAUUAUUACAAAAUGCAGAAAAAUUAUUAAUGAAACGUACUGGACAGCGAGGAUCGGGAAGACCACCAAUACACUGUGAUAUAAAUGUAGAAAUUGUGUUAAGCGACAAAGAUCAGGAACAAAAACUUAGCAAUAAUAUACAAAAAAGAGGAGCAUCAUAUGCUUUACAAACUAUUUGCUCAUAUUUUAGUGAACAUUUAGAAAGUAAAUUGCCAAGGCUAAUUGAAAUAGUUUAUAACAGCAUAAAAAAUAUACAAUUUCCAAUAAAUGAUCCAAAUAUGAAUACUUUAAAAGAAAAAGAUGAAGAAGCACAAGAAUUAAUAAAAAACUUACAAGUGUUUGAAGUAGUCUGUUCAAAAAUGCACAAAUGUUUUGUUCCAAAGCUUCUGGAGUUAUUGCCAAUUUUUUCCAAACUUCUUGUUCAUCCAUAUUCUGCUGUUAGACAUAUUAGUGCCCGCUGUUUAGCUGCAUCGGUCGAGUUAGGUUCCGUAAUUACAAUGACAACUAUUAUAAAUGAUGUUUUGCCUCUCCUCGAUGCUCCUGACAAUGAUGUUAAACGGAAAGGAGCUAUUGAAGCAGUGGUGUGUAUUGUUGACAAGUUGCAAUUUGACAUUGUUCCUUACAUUGUCUUAUUAAUCAUUCCACUUUUAGGUCGAUUAUGUGAUCAAGAAGAAAGUGUUCGUAAAAUGUCUUCACAGUGUUUUGCUACUCUGAUUCAGUUAAUGCCACUCGAUGGCAGUGUACCUGUUCCUCCAAAUUUAAGUGAUGAAACAAAUAUAUUAAUUCAAUCACAAAGACUAUUUUUAGAUCAACUUUUUAAUCCUAAUCAAAUAAGUGAUUUUAAAGUGCCGAUUAUGAUAAAUGCUAAAUUAAGAUCUUAUCAACAGACAGGAAUAAAUUGGUUAGCUUUUUUAAAUAAGUAUAAAUUACAUGGAAUUUUAUGUGAUGAUAUGGGCUUAGGAAAAACCAUACAAUCACUAUGUAUACUUGCUAGUGAUCAUUACAAUAAAAAUGAAAAGCAUAAGGAAACUGGUAGUCCAGAUUCAGUUCCUUUGCCAUCUAUAGUUGUAUGUCCUCCUACAUUAAUUGGACAUUGGACUCAUGAAGUACAAAAAUUUAUUCCAAAAAACAUAUUGAGACCAUUACAAUACUCUGGAUUACCUGUAGAAAGACAAAAAUUAAGAACUUAUGCAGAUGAUUAUAAUUUAUUUAUAGUGUCUUAUGAUAUUGUACGUAAAGAUAUAGAUUUUUUUUCAAAAAUAAAAUUCAAUUAUUGCAUAUUAGAUGAAUGUCAUAUAAUAAAAAAUGGAAAGACUAAAGCAAGUCAAGCCAUUAAACAAUUAAAAGCAAACCAUCGUUUAGUAUUAUCUGGCACUCCAAUUCAAAAUAGUGUAUUAGAAUUAUGGUCAUUAUUUGAUUUUUUAAUGCCCGGAUUUUUGGGAACAGAAAAACAAUUUGCUGCCAAAUAUAGCAAACCAAUUUUAGCAAGUCGUGAUGCAAAGUGUUCAUCAAAGGAACAAGAAAAUGGUGUUUUAGCAAUGGAAGCUUUGCAUCGUCAAGUUUUACCAUUCGUUCUGCGUAGAAUGAAAGAAGAUGUUUUAAGUGAUUUACCAGCUAAAAUUACUCAGGAUUACUAUUGUGAUUUGAGUCCUAUUCAACAACAACUUUAUGAAGAUUUUUCAAAAACACAUAUACACAAACAUUUAUCAGAUACUGAAACUGAUAAAAAAUCUCAUCCUCCUAAUAAAAAUAAUAUUCUUCAAGCACUGCGUUAUUUACAAAAUGUAUGUAAUCAUCCAAAAUUAGUGCUUACUCCACAACAUCCUCAGUAUUCUAAUAUAACUAAACAAAUUUUAGAAUCUAAUUCUAGUCUAACUGAUAUUCAACAUGCUGCAAAAUUACCAGCCUUAAAACAACUUUUAAUGGACUGUGGUAUUGGAUUAGUCAGUAAUGAUGAAACUGUCAUAAGUCAACACAGAGCUUUAAUAUUUUGUCAACUUAAAUCCAUGUUAAAUAUCAUUGAAAAUGAUCUCUUUAAGGCUCAUAUGCCAAAUGUAAGUUACCUUCGUCUUGAUGGUAGUGUGCCUGUUUCACAACGAUAUUCACUUGUUAAUCGUUUUAAUGCUGACCCGUCCAUUGAUACUCUUAUAAUGACCACUCAAGUGGGAGGAUUGGGUCUAAAUUUAACUGGAGCAGAUACUGUAAUUUUUGUAGAACAUGAUUGGAGUCCUAUGAAAGAUCUACAAGCAAUGGAUCGAGCACAUCGUAUUGGUCAGAAAAAAGUAGUAAAUGUAUACCGUUUAAUUACAAGAUCAACGCUAGAAGAAAAAAUAAUGAACUUUCAAAAGUUUAAGCUGAAGACUGCUAACACAGUAAUAUCUUCUGAGAAUUCAAGUCUUCAAACAAUGGGAACUGAUAAAUUAUUAGAUUUAUUCUCAUUGGAUGAUCCGUCGAAAGAAAAAAAGAAAACCAAUUCUUCAUAUGGUUCCAUUAAAUCUGUUCUUGAAACUUUGCCAGAACUCUGGGAUGCCAAAAUUUAUGAUGAUGAAUAUGAUUUAAAUGGUUUUAUUCAGACUCUAAAUAAUACCUGAUCCUACUAUGAAUUUGAUUUUAUAUUGUUAUUUAUUUAACAUUAUGUUUUUUUUUUAAUUAUGAUAAUAAUUUAUACCUAGUGAAAACAAACCAAAAAUUAGGCUUUUAGAUUUAUAAUUCUUGGAUGUAACUAUAAUUAUUUAACAUAUUGAUUGCUUAUAGUAUUUUGUACUCAUAAUGUAAUAAAUUUUUUUGUAUUGUAGACAUUUUGAUUACAAACAAUC